GCGAGAAACCUCGAGAGUUGGCGCACUGUGUCCUCUGCAGCAUCCCCAUCACUUUCCGCUCUACCUCCUGCUUCUGCUAGCACGUUCAGCAAGCAUAUCGUGUAUUGAAAUAAACCGAGCUUAAGUAUUAUCACCAUGGCUGAUGCUACAAUUUCUUUUGCUAAAGACUUUUUGGCCGGUGGUGUCGCAGCGGCUAUUUCCAAAACUGCAGUCGCACCGAUAGAGAGGGUCAAACUGCUGCUGCAGGUACAACAUGCCAGCCAGCAGAUCAGUGCAGACAAACAGUACAAAGGUAUUAUCGACUGUAUUGUGAGGAUUCCUAGGGAGCAAGGCUUUGUUUCCUUUUGGCGCGGAAACCUAGCCAAUGUCAUUCGCUAUUUCCCCACACAAGCCCUCAACUUUGCCUUCAAGGACAAGUACAAACAGAUAUUCUUGGGUGGCGUUGAUAAGCACACGCAGUUCUGGCGAUACUUCGCUGGCAACUUGGCCUCUGGUGGAGCUGCAGGAGCCACUUCCCUCUGCUUCGUCUACCCCCUGGAUUUUGCUCGUACCCGCUUGGCUGCAGAUGUUGGCAAAGCUGGCAGCACCAGAGAGUUCAAAGGACUGGCCGACUGCCUGGUCAAAAUCUUUAGGUCAGAUGGGUUGCGGGGUCUGUACCAGGGCUUCAACGUCUCUGUCCAGGGCAUCAUUAUUUACAGGGCCUCCUACUUCGGAGUCUAUGACACUGCUAAAGGCAUGCUUCCCGACCCUAAGAACACCCACAUUGUGGUCAGCUGGAUGAUUGCACAAACUGUGACUGCAGCGGCUGGCGUGGUAUCCUAUCCAUUUGACACCGUGCGGCGUCGCAUGAUGAUGCAGUCUGGACGCAAAGGAGCGGAUAUUAUGUACACUGGAACCAUUGACUGCUGGAGAAAGAUCGCUCGUGAUGAGGGUGCAAAAGCAUUCUUCAAAGGGGCUCUGUCUAAUGUAUUCAGAGGAAUGGGGGGUGCUUUUGUGCUCGUGCUUUAUGAUGAAUUCAAGAAGUUUGUUUAAACAAUGUACUAAAUGUACUAAAAGAUGUACUAACAAUGUACUCAAAAAUAGUAGAAUAGCUUUUACCACACAGCUUUGUCAAGCUUCAACCCUCUCCGCUCCGCACAGAUGUGGUCUUGAUUAAAUUGUGUUAGAUGCCAAAAGCAAUUAAUAAUUUUCAGUAAUUUUGUCUGUGGCUAUAUUUUGUGUUUAGAAAAAAAUGCUCUGUCAUUCUAUGAUAAAUAACCCUUAUUUUAUCCAAAAAAAAAGAAAAAAAAAGUCAGAGAAAUAUUACAGAUACAAUUAUAAAAUUGGAAAUAUAAGGAAAGCUGUUGUAUAUGUAUGCUCAAAAUUAUUUAAAAUAUAUGUGGAUUUAUUGAUGUUAUGUAUAAUAUUUCUUCAUAAAUCUGAGCCAUCAGUUCCAUGCAAUACCACAAUAUCUCCUCAAGAUGGCGUGACACGACGGCGUAUUGUCCUGCAUUCAUUCAGUUCCAUGUUCUUGUAGUCCUUCAGCUCAGUUUUUCAGUUCUCCUAGCUAAGGUGUCUGGUAACAAGGGUAUACAAUAUCACUCUCAAGAAAAAAAUAAAUAAAAAUGUGGAGUUCAAACACACAGAGUAACGUUCCACACUUUAAACGUUUUCUCAAAUUGGACCAAUUGAGAGCUGGUGUCCAGUGGAGUCAGAGACGAAUUAAAUAUGAUGCUUUAAUUCACAACAUAUUUGCCCUCUAUGUGUAUCAGAAGUAAAAGAGCCUAGUAAAGUGUUCCAGCAGAGAAUGUGUGGAGCCAGAGACAUAGCAUUCACAGUCAGACCUUAUGUGACACGAAAAGUGUAUUUCCAUGAUUUCUCUUUUUGGAAGUGCGCUUAAGUAUUUUCCAUCUUGGAUAAUGAGGGGAGUCAUGUUUUCAUGGUCAUUUUCUUGUCAGUCUCAGUGUUUGGUUGCGUCAGGCUGAUCUUCUAUCUUGAUGAAGUAGGCCUAGAUCCUGCUUUUAGAAGUAUAAAGUGAGGGCAAGUAAGGAAGGGCAUUGUGAGUUCAGUAAUGAUCAUUGAAACGUUAUACCCAUUAUUUAGCAUGUAGAUCUUAAUCCACACUAUAUGGAGGGAAAGGCUGGAAGACUACUUGCAGUGAUGUUUGAACAUCAAGAAUGGCUGUAAAUUCAAUAAAAGUGGAUACCCUAUA